AUGAAUGCAAUCAUAUAUAUUUUUAUACUAUUACAGUUAUCUGUAAAUCACAUACAAGCAGAACAGUGUGUAUUAACCUCAAACGACGAAGUUCAAUUGACUUCGAGCAUAUUUCUUCAAUCACGACGUUAUUGUAGUUCAUUUAAUUUUCUUCCAACACAAACACAUAGAAUAAUUAUUUCUGGUCGUUUGGUUGAUUAUACAAGCCGUUGUAAACGAACAAUACCUGAUGCAAAUAUUGAAAUAAUACAUACACAACCAGAUUUUCGUUCAAUUUGUCACGAGCUUCAUCAUCCUAACUCGCGUGGUCAUUUCAAUUUAACAACAUUAAUAGCAUCGUCAUUAACUGAACAACUUUUUCUACGUGUAACAUCACCUGGUUACGAAACAAUUCUUAAAGAAAUUGUGAUACAAUCAUCACAAAAACAAAUACAAGAUAUAAUUCUCGAUUGGCACCUUGUUUUGAUGCCUAGUAUGGAACAGGUACAAUUGCAACAACAACAGAAACAACGAAUGAGCUCCACAAUAGAUUCACUCAUGUCACAAAUGACAUUAGAUGAAAAGAUUGGCCAACUAAAUCUUGUUUCGAUUGGUUUCGAUAUAACUGGUCCGAUUGUAAGUGAAAAUGUCGAUGAAAAAAUUCGUUAUGGUCUUGUUGGUGGUGUAUUUAACACUUAUACACCAACAGCUGUUCGGCGAUUACAGGAACUUGCUAUAAAUAAUACACGUCUACGAAUCCCUCUCAUAUUUGGUUAUGAUGUAAUUCAUGGACAUAAGACUAUUUUUCCAAUACCACUCGGUAUGAGUACUACGUGGGACAUGGCAUUAAUAGAACAAAGUGCACGUAUUGCCGCUCAAGAAGCAUCAGCUGAUGGUCUGAAUUGGGUAUUCUCGCCAAUGGUUGAUAUAGCACGUGAUCCGCGUUGGGGAAGAAUAGCAGAAGGUGCUGGUGAAGAUCCUUGGCUUGGUAGUCAAAUAGCUGCUGCUAUGGUACGUGGCUAUCAAGGAUCAGAUUUAUCACGCUCAAAUACGGUUAUGGCGUGUGUUAAGCAUUUUGCUUUAUACGGUGGUGCAGAAGCAGGUCGUGAUUAUAAUACAGUUGAUAUGAGCCGUAUAUCAAUGUAUCAGAAUUUUCUUGCACCUUAUCAAGGUGCUGUCGAGGCUGGUGCUGGUAGUGUGAUGACGUCAUUCAAUGAAAUUGAUAGUAUUCCAGCAUCAGGCAAUCGUUGGUUAUUACAGAAUCUACUACGUGACCAAUGGAGUUUUAAUGGUUUUGCUGUUACAGACUAUACAUCAAUUAAUGAAAUGGUUGAGCAUGGUGUAGGCAAUUUACAAGAUGUAAGCUCUCGUGCACUAAAUGCAGGUGUCGAUAUGGAUAUGGUUGGCGAAGGAUUUCUUACAACAUUAAAAACAUCUCUACAAGAAGGUAAAGUUAGUGAACAAACAAUAAAUCAAGCGUGUCGUCGUAUUCUUGAAGCCAAAUUCAAAUUAGGUUUAUUCGAUGAUCCAUAUCUUUAUUGUGAUGAAUCACGUACACCAACUGAUAUAUUUACCUAUGAAAAUCGUUUAGCGGCAAAAGAUUUUGCUCGUCGUUCAUUUGUUCUUUUGAAAACUGAUAGAAAAACACUACCAUUAGCAAGAUCAAAUUUAAAUAUUGCUCUUGUCGGACCAUUAGCAGAUGAUAAUAGAAAUUUACUCGGUACUUGGGCUGCUGGUGGUGAUUGGCGUCAAACUGUUAGUGUUCGUGCAGGUAUUGAGAAGCUUGUUGGUAAUCAAGUUCAAGUUUCAUAUGCAAAAGGCUCAAAUAUUCUUGAUGAUUCAUAUAUGCUAGAUGCAUUAAAUGCAUAUGGAAGUAAUAUUGUAUCGGAUGAACGUUCUCCUCAAGAAAUGAUCAAUGAAGCUGUAGCUAUUGCAGGAAAAUCUGAUGUUAUUAUUGCUAUUCUUGGUGAAACUGAAGGUAUGAGUGGUGAAGCAGCAAGUCGGGCAGACAUUGGAUUACCUGAAUCUCAAAAAAAUUUACUCAAAGCAUUAUUUGAUACAGGUAAACCCGUAGUUAUUGUAUUAAUCAAUGGUCGACCAUUAACAUUAACAUGGGAACAUGAUCAUGCAGCAGCUAUCUUAGAAGCAUGGUUUCCUGGAACAGAAACAGGUAAUGCUAUUGCCGAAGUACUUUUUGGAUAUUAUAAUCCUGCUGGUAAGCUUACAACAACAUUUCCUCGUCACGUCGGACAGAUUCCUUUGUACUAUAACCAUAAACGUACAGGACGACCAUUCAAUUCAAGUAAUUUCGCAGAAAAAUACAAAAGUCGUUAUUUAGAUAUACCCAAUGAUCCGUUGUAUCCAUUUGGUCAUGGUCUUAGUUAUACUUCAUUUGAUUUUAGUCCUAUACAUGCAGAUAAAACAGAACUUCAUGGUGAUUCAGAUCGUUUGACUCUACGUAUGGGUGUAAGUAAUGUUGGUGCCUAUGCCGGCGAAGAAGUUAUUCAAUUAUAUAUAAGUGAUCCAGUAGCAAGUUCUACACGAGCUGUACGUGAAUUAAAAAGCUUUAGAAAACUAUUUCUUCGAUCGCAACAGCAGGAAGAAGUUUCAUUUGUUAUUACAACAAAUGAUUUGAAAUUUUACAAUAGCAAUCUUGAUUAUGUUUGGGAAGAAGGAGAUUUCAUCAUUCAUAUUGGUCCUGAUUCAGUCAAUACUAAAUCAGUAGCAAUCAAGUGGUUUAAAUAG